AAAAGCAUUUGUUUGCAUACAUUUUGUUGUUAGCACAUUUUCAUUAAAAUUAACUAUAUAUGUAGUUUCAAACAACGAAAGAUGGUUUCCAAUCUUUCAUUGUAUCCUGUUGGAAUUGAGGAGGACAUCAUAGUCCGGAUGACAGAUGUUAAUCCACAUAUCAUCUGCUCCCUGUGUUUUGGGUACUUCAUUGAUGCCACCACAAUUGUAGAAUGCCUUCACACAUUCUGUAAGAAAUGCAUAGUUAAGCACCUCCAAGUCAGCAAGCUAUGCCCAACAUGUAGUAUCAAAGUGCAUGAGACACAACCAUUGCUCAACCUCCGGGCUGACCGAACACUCCAAGACAUUGUCUAUAAACUGGUACCUGGUCUUUUUGAAAAUGAAGAACAGAGACGAGAGGAGUUCUAUCGUUCACGAGGGAUGCUGCUCAAGAAAAAGACACAUGUUGAGGAAAACCUUGGACCCAAACUGACCACAGUGUUGACCAACCCAAAUGCCCACCAGUAUCAGUAUGAUGAGCAGAUAUGCUUAUGCCUUGAGAAAUAUGGUGCUCAGCAAAUUGAACUAGCAGACAUGACAUACAAGUUACGAUCAAUGGAGAAGAAGUUUGUCAGAUGUUCAAUACGAGUUUUGAUAGCUCAUCUUAUCGCCAUUAUCAGACGAAAACUGGAUAUCCCAGACCAGCUCAACUUAAAGAUGUUGGUUGGAAAAGUGGAACUUGACGAUGAUAUGUCCAUGAAACAAGUCUACCUCAUGUACUGGUAUAACAAGCCCAGCCCCAUGGUGCUCUUCUACCGAUUGUCAGUGCCAGGAUGAGGUUUCCAUGGAAACCAAAAUGUGUUGCCAUUGAAACCAGGAUGUGUUGCCAUGGAAACCAGGAUGUGUUGCCAUGGAAACCAGGAUGUGUUGUCAUGGGAACCAAGAUAUGUUGCCAAUGAAACCAGGAUGUUUUCUCAUGGAAACCAAAACUUCGUUUUUGUAAACAAAUCGUCAUGGUUACAGAGAACCGAAAACUGCUCAAAUUUCAUAAUACUGUGUUUCUGCCAUAGUUAUCAGUUUAUACAGGUAGUGUAUCAUUGCAUUAAAACAGUAACCAUUAAAUGGAUCCUUAUAGGGACUUAACAUUCUGAUAAAUUUGAAGUACAUAUGUUACAUUUUCAGGAGUAAAUUUCUGAACACUUGCCAGAAUAAUUUUAUUAUGCCCCCGAAGGUGGGCAUAUUAUUUUUAUUAUUGACUUAGUGGCCUUCUACCAAAUUGUUCAUCCAGGUGCUAUCAUACAUUGUAUGUGUAAUAGGAAGAACAACUUCCCCUCUUUUAAAUUAUUUAGAGAAUUUAAUUCAUUUCAAGCUUUAAGACACUCAACUGACACAUUUAUUUCUCUUUGUGAAGAUGGACCAAUAUGAAAGUGUCUAUGAAGGAGUUUCUUUGGAUACCAAGAAACUUAAUUCAGUUAAAGCUAUCAGUCACUCAAGUGAUGCAUUAAUGUCUCUUUGUAAAGAUGUCAAAGUGUCUAUUAGGGUGAUUCUUUUGGAUUCUAAGAAUUGAACAAUUGGUUUUUAGAAAGAAAAAAAGUAAGGCUCAUUCACAAUAUCUGGAAAAGUGUUGCCACAAUAUAUGUCUGUCAUGAUUAAUUCUCGUCAGAAGAAGUUCAGAAAUGUAUGCAAAGUGUUGUUUGCCAAGAUCAUAAUUAUUGUUAUUGCUGUUGUUUGUUGUUUAUAAAUGUUGAUACUUUAGAAUGUGAGCUAUUGUCUCAGCUCUUCAGUGUUCAAGAUAUUUCUAAAGUAUUGUUUUGAUUUUAAGUCUAUUUAUUUGUUUAUUAAUAAACAACUUUGCAUGUG